AUGAUUGUUGGAAUCGAUAUAGGCCCAAGUUGGAAGGUUGCAACACUUGUCGGCUUGAGCACAGUGCUUCUAAUCAGUGCAUGUGGAAUCGGAUCGCUUUCACGUUUCUAUGCCGCUGAACUGGUCCCAAGAAGUAUUCUCUUACAAUCAACUUCAAUACUAACUAUGUUCGAAGCGCUCACGAAGAUCGCUGUCGAGUUCGCCUUCUAUCCUUUGGCCAAUGUGAUUAAUGGACAAGCGCUGCUACUAUUCUUCAUUCCAACGGCAGUUUUUAUGAUCCUUAUGUGGAUGUGUCCAGAAACAAGUAAACGAACCGUCAAUGAGGUAAUGAAUGAUAUUGCCCAGAGGAAGAAAUUGGAUCUCGUCAUUCCGACCUAA